UCUCUCCAGGCGCACUGCUUCGACACCCGUGUUGCUGGGAGUUCUGUGCGCGUUAGAAGGAAAAUCUCAAUCGUGGAAGGAGCCACCUUCUCAAUUCACAUGGUCGUACCGUUGAGGUCUCUAAUCCCCUCCAGGCACCAGCUGUUCAAAUGAAAGAAAAAUAAUUGGAUAACAGAAGAGCAAACACUAGGAAGGAAAGAAGAGUUUAACACAGAACAUGGCCUCAGACAAAGACGAGAGAGUAGACGAGAGACUGGCACACAUCAAACAAGAGGACUGUGAGUGGGGGGCCCCAGAGGCUUUGUGUGUGAAGCUGGAGGAUUACGAAGAGAGCGUUUCUGCCUUCAAAGAGGAGAUUGUUGACAUUAAAGUCGAGUCUGAAGAUUUCCUCAUUGGUCUCGGAGAGCAGAAGCAGGAAUCAGGGAGUAUUUUCAGGCCCGCUCAUUCCUCUGAAGAGUCCCAUUCCAGUUUCCAGCCUUGGUUCAAUAAUACGGGACAGCUGCCUACCCAGCAGAAUUCUCUGAAUCUGAAAUUGGAGUUGGAAGAGCAUGUCACUGACGGAAAUGGAGGAGAAGCUGAAGAAGAGCAGUCAUCUAGGAGUGUUGGGAUACAUUUACCUGAGAGUGGCAGCCUUUCCAUAUCUUCGUUUGUUCAGAUGUCCCCUCAAUGCAGAGUGCAACACAAUGAGAAAAUCAAGAAAUCAAUAAGCAGAUCCGAUAAUUUGACAGGAGCCUCUGUCCAGUGCUAUUCUGACUGUGCUGGAAACCAAACGCAGACAGAAGCCGUCAACACUGAUCAACAAGAAGUUUAUGAACAGGUCCAAAUUCACACGGAAGAAACAUUGCAUUGUUUGAAAUGUGACAAACGGUUCUCAAACAGAAGGAAUCUUAAUAUCCACAUGAGCGUUCACACUGGAGAGAAACCCCACUGCUGCUCAGAAUGUGGUAAACGAUUCUCUCAAACGUGUACCCUUCGGGUCCACAAAAGAAUCCACACCGGCGAAAAGCCUUAUGUUUGUUCUCAAUGUGGCAAAACGUUUUCUACCAGUAGCAGUUUUUGGAGUCACACAAAACUUCACACUACAGAAAACCCCUAUUGCUGCUCUGAAUGUGGUAAAAGCUUUUCCAGUGACAGCAAUCUUUACAAACAUGUACAACUUCACACUGGAGAAAAACCUUAUUGUUGUACUGAAUGUGGCAGACAGUUCUCGCAAGCGAGUCAUCUCCAGAGUCACAUCAGAAUUCACACUGGAGAGAAGCCUCACUGUUGUCUGGAAUGUGGCAAACGAUUCUCGCAUGUCAGUACUCUUUAUAAACAUAGACAAAUUCACACUGGAGAGAAACCUCAUUGCUGUUCUGAAUGUGGGAAAAGAUUUUUCCAAAGAGGCCACCUACGAGAACACAUCAGAGUUCAUACUGGAGAGAAACCUUAUCGGUGUUCUGAUUGUGGUAAACAGUUCUCAAGCAGCACUAGGCUUUGUAGUCAUAAAGUAAUUCAUACUGGUGAAAAGCCUCAUCACUGUUCUGAAUGUGGCAAGCAUUUCUCAAAAAUCAAUAAUCUUAAUGUUCACAUGAGAGUUCACACUGGAGAGAAACCCCAUUGUUGCUUAGAAUGUGGCAAACGAUUCUCAUACCUAGGAAGUCUCCAUCAACAUAGAGGAAUUCAUACUGGAGAGAAGCCUUUUUGUUGUUCUGAAUGUGGGAAAAGAUUCUCACGAAGAUGCUACCUUCAGCAGCACAUCAAAGUUCAUACUGGAGAGAAACCUUAUUGUUGUUCUGAAUGUGGUAAGCAAUUCAAAACCAGCACUGGUCUCCGUAGCCAUAUAAAAAGUCAUACUGAUGAAAAAACACAUCACUGUUCUGAAUGUGGCAAGCAUUUCUCAGACAUGAACAGUCUUGAUAUUCACAUGAGAGUCCACACUAAUUCCCAUUGCCUGUUCUAAGUGUGGCAAACAAUUUUCCUACUGUCUGUACAAACAUGGAAAGAGUGAAGGAAAGCCUUGCUGCUGUUCUGGAUGAGGUAGAGGAUUCAGAUUUUAAUGAGUUCACAACUCUUUAAAAGUUCAUAGCGGGGAAAAGACUUAUGGUACUGAAUGUGGCAAAUGCUUUUUAGAAAUAAAGCAACGUCAGAUUCACAUCUGAAAACGCAGAGUAACCUGAAAGAUUUAAUUCUGAAGAGAAACCUUGUUGUUGUCAUCAAUGUGUUAAACAGACAACAGUGAUCACUGUAACCAUAAAACCAUUCCUACUGGUGGUAAACCUCAUUGCUGUGGUGGAUGUAGCAAUGCAUUCCUAGACAACAGUGACAUUCAUAGCCAUAAAAUAAUUUAUACUGGUGAUAAACCGCAAAAGUCUUCUUAAUAUGGCCAGCAAUUCUCUUGUAUCAGCCAUUUUCAGAAACACAUAAGAGCUGGAAUGGAAGGAGCAAGUACCUAAAAUGUAGAGACAUGCCACACAUGGGACAAAACAAUGGAUAUUUUGGGAUCUACGGGACUAUUGGAAAGGAACUUCCAGGCCCAUCUUGGUUAUCCUCUCAAUCUCCAUUACCCCAUACAAAUUACAGAAGGAAACUUGGCUAAGAACAAUGCUGGUGCUACAUGGAGCGUCAACAGGAAUGACAUUCUCAAAAAACAGGGCUGUAGUGUUGAAGCUAACAAGUGAAGUUCAUGCCUGCGUGAUUGUAUGCGCUCCAACCCUCUCUGGAGAAACUGACCUCCACAAGAAGCCAUACUGUUGUUGUGAACAUGGCAAACGAUUCUCAUAAAUUUGCAGUUUAUCAGAGUUCCAGAAGAAUACACAAUCUGAUACAGUACAAAAGAGAAUAUCAGACUCGAAACACUUUGAGGUAUGUCGUCCAAACAGGAACUGGUCUUGGCAUCAGCGCUAUGACAUAAAAUACUAAAUAGUGGAAAACAAUAUCUAGCAGUAGUACUGUAAUAUGAUGACAACACCUUCCAAAGGAAUAAAGCUGAAAAGCUUCAGUGCAGUAAAUUAAAGAUACAGACGUACAAUAAGAUCAAGUUCACAGAGUAGUGGCAACUAACAAGAAGUACUGAUAGCAACUUGUAGGAACGCUUUGGUGGGGUUACAGCUGUAUGUGUUUGUUUAGGACCUGAACAUAUACAGGAAAGAAUGAACCAGUUCUGGGCUGUUAAUCUGCUGACUAAAGGGGUGGUCUUGGUCUAGGUGAGUCGAGUCUGCAGUGGUCUCACUUACUGUGUUCCUAAUCCUGGAGUGGAAGAAAUCAACAAAUCAAUUUAAGAAAGAAAUGUUUCCUCUACUAGGAUGAGUUUGAUAAAAAAAAACCUCUUGGAGUGCAGGAA